AUAUGAAUCACUCGAAACUGUAACAAACAACUUCACCAAUGAUGCAACGCGAUUUUAUUGUUCUAAACUAAAAGGACUUCAUAUGGACAAGCCGUUUGUUCGACGAAAACAUUUUGAUGACUAUUUUCCUUUAUUAUUGUACAUGUCGAAAUUUUGUCAGAAUCUUUUUUUUGAAUAAAAGAAAGUACUUGAUAAAAAUGAAAUAUAUUUGAAUCAGCUAAAGUUAAAUUACUAAUGGACUAUUAUAUAGUCACUUCUGUUCAUUUGAACUUGAUCAUGAAUUGUAUGAUGAUAAAUGUGUUAUGAUUUAUGAAUGUUGUUCAAAUGAUCGAGACAUUCUUUAUGUUACAUUUAUUGAUGAUGUUAUUAAUAUGCGCUGUUCAAUAAGGGGAACAUCAAAAUCAUCAUGUCGACAUUCAGAUUCUGACGAAACCUUAUCCGAUGGAAAUGAAAGAACAAUCAGUUCUGAUGAACUUGAAAGUAGUGGUUCUGAAGGUAAUGAUUCAUUAAUUGAAGAAUUCAACCAAAGUUCAAUGGAUUAUUGGGAAUGGAAAGUAGUGGCGUAUCCAAGGCCUGGCAUGGCCUGGCACUGCCAGGCCACCGAUUCUGAAUCGAUUUCCAAUGAUGCUGAUCCAACAACAACAACUGAUGACAAAGAAUUAAUUCCAAAAUGGUUCGAACGUGCAUCAUCAAUGAUAGUUGAAACAAAACCAGUUGAAUUAUAA